GUUGCUCCAAAAGAAAAAAUUAAGAACUUCAUCUCCCGGUAAAGAUUUCUCGUAUGUGGGGGGACCACCUGGUGUUGAAUCCACUACAAUUUCUUUUUGGAAAUCAUUCUCCGGAACAAAGCUGCAGUUUUUUAUUUCAAGGGGAGACAGAAGGACACCAGCGAGUGCGACGGGGGGUGUCCGUUUUCCUGGCACGAAGCAAAGGACCACUGUGCCUGUUCUACCUGCAAGUUAAUACUCCUGCCGCGGUAUUUCCUUUUGAAGACGUAAGUCAAAGAAUUAGAAUCUUAAUUUGCAAAAUCUAAAUCACCCAGCACAAAAAAAAUGUCGACCUUUGACUACUAUGCCCGCAUGAAUGGGCCGGCAACCCGGAACAUGAUAUGGGUAUUACAAUGAAAAAUGCCCCCACCCCGGAAGUUGCACGAGUUUCCCAUGCAAAGUUUCCAAGUGAAUGCUUUUUGUCUUGCAUGAAAGGACUGCGAGCCACCUUUCUGAUGCAGUAUUAAGGUGCGCAAGGUACGUUCUGCAAAACAGAUCCGGCUGUUGUUGGGCUCCUUUGCAACACAGACUUGAGCUAUUCAGCAUGGAAGAUUUGUGAUGCCGAUAUAUACAAGACGGGGAAUGUUUUUAUUGGAAAGGUUGGCAAUACAAAUGUUGCCAAAUCUUGGUGUGGGGACAGUUUUCUUUGUAAUAAUGGGCCGAGGUAGUACACAUGGAGACGAAGGACCACCUAUGCACUCUGCAAAAGUAUCUUACUCAUAUUCAGUUACUAAAAUCGCUGUCAUGCAUCUUCACAGAUUUGCUUUGCUUUCUUCAUUACUUACUUGGCUAUGCAUGACAAACUCGAAAUGCGAAGAUUUCUACGCGUAAACGAAAUUCGUCAUGCGAAUAUUUCUACGCGUACGACUACGAUGCUUUUGCAAUUGCAUACCACCUGUACCACUGCAACAACUCGAAACUGGAUAUGGCACUCUCAACUGUUACAUUCUCAACUGUUACACGAAUUUGUGAUGCAAGAAUGGCAAUAGUCAAAGGGGCAAGCUUGCUGCUUUCGCAUCACAGAUGUGGCUCAGAUUUAGAUGGUGUUUAGCCUCUCGGAGAUUUGUCAUGCGAAGCAGCUUGACCAUCUGGCGUUUUAAAGUAGUCUUGCAUGACAAAUUCAUGUAACAGCUGAGAAUGUAACGUUUGAGAGCUCCAUAUUGGAUGACUUUCAAUCGAUCGAGGGCUGCGAAGUAGGCGUGAAGGAUUUCUACAAGCCGACCCUAGCGUGGAUAAAAAACAAGUACUUGAUCUUACAUCUUUCUACCACUAACUCACGUCGAACUGCAUAUUACUGUACGUUGUUCCGCAUGAAGAUCAUGAGUGCGACGUUCUACACGCGACACGACCCUGCUCGUCGCCUAAUUAGCAAUAUGCUGUAGCUGUUUCUUCAUUGCAAUAAUAAUACACAAAAUGAAACUAUCCAAAGGUAUUACCAGGCUGCGGGCCAACCAACCGAGAUGGUGAAGAUGGCGAGGGUGAACAGUUACGAUGGAAAGGACCGAGUUUUGUUUGUCAUGCAUUUUCAUCAUCAUCUCAAAGCCAAAGCCUCCAUACAUUUGCCAUGCCCUGGCAGCUGCACCAUCGUGGCCUGAACAGUGCCAAAGCUCCCGAUCAUGCAGGAGCAGCAGCAAGAGAAAAUAUGCACACAACAAACCUCCUUUUCAUCUUGUCCAUAAAAAAAUAAAUCCCUUCAAGCAACUCGCAGAGGCGCAAUCAUCUCAAGCAAGAACGGCAGCACAGGCACCUGGUGCGAUGAAGCACAGCAGCAGUGCAGUGAACCUGUAUAGUCCUUCUAUGCUGAUAUUGUUUGUAUUUGUGAUCUUGAUGAUCUUGUUCUGCAUGAUUGAGACCCGAUUUUUGUCUUGUAAAUGAUAAAGUCAGUCUGAUGUUGUCCAUGACAAACAGAAUUCACUAUGACCACAAAAAGAAUUCGCUACAAAUACAAUCAAGAAAAACAUCAAAAAACAGCGGUACGCCGAUGCCAUCUGCGAGAAGUGCCAGAAGUAACGCCUAUCCUACGUAAAAUCAUCACACCAAAAAAACGCAACGUGUCGCUGUCGACACGGUCAUGCGCAUAGGAGUAAGCCAAAGUCUGCUCCAUUCUUUGUACGGUAAUGGAUGCUGUGUGUACUUACUUAACUUCUACAGAGCAAGCGCGAAAAUAAAUCAACGGUGUUGGUGGUUUUCCAUAGGAUACCGCCUCAAGAAGCGCGAGAAGCGGUGCUAGUAGCGCACGGAUUAUGGCGCGAACAGAGUCGGUGCCGACCCUGAAAAUGCCGAUCAAGGGAAAGUGAGAGUGACGAUGGAAUAGUAAACUGGUUUGACUGUGUAUGUACAAAAUUUCUCCAGAUCUUACUUUACGUGUGCUGGACAACAAUAUCGCCAAAUUGUGAGGAAGAUGAACUUCACCAACAAACUCAAAAAAUGAUUUCGAUCACGAUUUCAUUCGCCCAUUUACAUUUCCACUUUUACAAAAUUUCAAACGCACGUAAUCUUUGAACUACUAAAACUGUCAAUUACACUUGCGCAUCAAAAGUACUGUCUGAGGCAGUAACUCUAGUGCUAUGAUUCACCUUACACUUACAACAUCACGCGCCUGCUUCUACAGCCCUGUAAUGGAGGGCGGGUUGUGCUAGUUGUUGACAAGAAGAACUAAACACUUUCCACUGCAUGCAAAUGUUGGACUUGAUGGUACAAAUGCGGUUGAAGUUGAUGCCCUCUCCUCUUGUAAACUAAGGCAUCAGCAUGAUUGAUCUAAAAACAAAAAAAAUUGUCCCUGACGGUAGUGGUUCGCCUUUGUAGGAUUGGCAGAAAUGCGAUGAGACGAAGAUCAUGAUGAUCAAAGUGGUUCAUGCUGGCUGUCGCGAAUACUACAAAUUGUCUUGAUCAUUCGCCUAUCGGAUUCGAAAAGUCGGCGCAACAUCAAGAAAGCCGAAAUCAAUACAGUCGGAAACAUCAAACCUCUUGAAAAUAGUUCUCGACGAUUUGUCACAAGCUGUACUAUCUAUUCGUUGUUGAAACAAAUGACC